UGUUUAUAGUAGGUGGAAGAGUGUAGAAUUCACCGGAAUUAAUGGCAUCUGCUCUGAUCAAAUCUAGAAUUCACUCCGUCCUCCGCAGCGGCGGUGCAUUCAAGAGGAAUUUCUCUUCUUCCGUCCACCAUGAUGAGGCUCGUGAAGCAGCUAAGUGGGAGAAAAUUACUUAUGUUGGAAUAGUUACGUGCGCUAUUCUUACAAUCUUUAAUCUCUCUAAGGGUCAUCCCCACUAUGAAGAGCCUCCUCCUUACCCGUAUCGGCACAUUCGUAACAAGGAGUUUCCAUGGGGUCCGGAUGGCCUUUUCGAGAGGAAGCAUCACUAAAACCUAUAUAUAUAUAUA